GGCAAGAAAGAUAUUUUGUUGAAGAAAAUGGAGGAAAGGAACCAACUUAGCUACUAACACAAAACGCAAAUGGAAGCUUUCGAUGACGAUGACGAUUUCGGAGAACUCUAUGCUGACGUGGAACUUCCACCUCUCGCUCCAACCACAGACCUCUUCAUUCAGCAGCAGCAGCAGCAGCAGCAACAGCGACAGCAACCGCCCAAUUCUAACGGUAACGGUGACGGCGGUUGCGUUGCCUUGAGUGACAGUGACGACGACGACGGAUUGAACAUUGUCUUGAACGACGACGAAGGCGUUUGCAACGGUCUUCCACCUGUUGCUCGUUCUGAUGACGUGGAUGAUGAUUGCGGUGGUGAAGGUGGCGGCGAUGGUGGUGGUGGUGAGCGAUUGGAGGAUAGGUCCGAAUUUCUGAGUAAGAAUGGGGUCAGAGGUGGAUACGGUUCCUUGUUUUUUCGUCGUAAGUAUACAAGGAAUCAAGGAUUGAUAUCGCUGGGGAUCGGUUCUUCCUUGAGCAAAAGCUGGCGGAAUGGCGAUACAUGUUUGCAGAACCUUCCAUCAAGUUCCUCUCAUGUUACUCGAAUUUGUGCCACACCAAAUCCUAAGGGGGUUCAAUAUGGAUAUGGAUCGGUUCUACCUUGGUACUGGAGUAUAUUCGAUGUGAACAUUGAGAUGUUUCCAGAGAAAUCGUGGAGGGUUCCCGGAGCUGACAUAACAGAUUAUUUCAACUUUGGUUUUAAUGAGAAUACAUGGAAGCUAUAUUGUGCUUCAUUGGAGCAACUUUCGCAAACAACUAUGGGAACAGGUAUUUCCGGUGAUGAAUCUUUAAAGCUGACUCAGGAAGCCAUGAGUCAGCAAAUUGAUGAAGUUGUGUCUGGGAGUGCACUUUCCCCUUCAUCCGAAUUUGAAUUGCCAAAAGGCAGAGCAAUUCAGGUUGAGGAUAAUAUGAUUGAACGCAAACCAUCAAUGGAUGUAAAGCGCCCACGCAAUCAGGAUUCUGAUGUCAUUAUACAGAUCAAGGUGCAUGAGUCCUCUGAUGAUUGCUCCCGUUCUGGGAAUAGCACUGUAAUGGAUGCAUCAUUAGAAGGGGAACCUGCUCUAGUUGAUAACAAAAUUCUCACUUCUGGUGAACUCGAUGUGUCUGAGGAUCAGUUGGAAGCUGUGAAAAAAUCAGUUCAAGAAAGAACUGGGCUGAUUCCUGAAGUAGAUGAACAUGAACUUCAGGAUGAAGUAGACAAACAUUCAAAUGAUGCUGCACAAGUUCCAGGGGGAGAAAUGAAAUCCGAGCAAGGCAUUGCCAUAGACACAUAUAGUGCUGAUCCAUGCUGGAUUGAAUCAGAAUUGUCACUUGGUGAUCAAGAGCUCAGUCUGACUUCCUAUACUGAUAGCGAUUCUGAGGCAACAGAAAAUAGUGUGCAUGUUGAUAAUGAGAAAAGUCAUAUCCCUUUGAGAAGGCAAUCAGUGAAUUCUGACAUUAGCUUGAAGAACUCCUUGCCAGUUCAUCGUAAGAACUCAAAAGGCAACAAUUUGGACAGAAGACCACCAAAUGUAACUUACUAUUCAAGAAAUAAACGCCCAUUUCAAAAGGAAUGCAGGCGUCAAAAUGGUAGACAGUGGCGUGGUUCUAGUCUGAAUUAUCCCAUCGAAUAUGAUAAUGAUUCUUCCUCUAUCCCCAGUUAUAGUGCAAGGGAUCUGUCUCUGUUUGGAAAUCAAUUUAUUGAUUAUGACAUUUGUAAAGAACGAGCGCCAGGUUUUGCUAGUCGUAAAAGAAGAUAUGACAGGGAAACAAAACAAUCCUUCUAUUAUGGCAGAGAAAAGGUUAACAACAACCUUCUUCAAACUCUGCACACUAAAUAUUCAUAUCGGGAUGAUCGAGAAAUCUUUCGGGAGAAGACAAACCAAUAUGACAGAAAAUAUGAAAAUGAGAGGGAUUAUUUUUUUGAAUCGAGAUCUCCUAUGGCAGAUGAUGAAGGAAGAGAGAGAAAAUGGCAUGAUGCUGAUUUGGAGUACUAUGCUGAUGACCUAAGUCCUCACUCUUGUUGGGAGUUAAGGCAGUUUCCUCGAAAACAUUCAUCCUUUCGUGAUGAGGAGAGAGGUGCUCAUAGAAGAAGAAUGAAUGACCGUUUUGGAGACAGAUACUACAGUGAUGAUCUUGAUGAAUAUGAGUUAGAGUUUCUAAACACAAGCUAUAGAAUAUCUCCAUAUUCUGAGAGAAAUAUGGAAUCUUUAAAUAAUAGACAUGAAGAGUCGUUCUCAGAUAUUGAUAUAGAUCCUAGAAGAUCUGCUCGAAGGGAUAGACAUUGUGACAGACCUUUAGAUUUGGAUAACUUGUGGCCUGGGAAAAGGGAAGAUUACUCUCAGAAAUACAAACAUCAUCAGAUUUCGAAAAAAAGAAGGGAAUGUAGACAAUCAUAUGCAACUUCCAUGCGAAACUAUGCAUAUGGCACUAGAGUAACUGAAAAAUUGGAGGUUUCUAGAAGAUAUGAACAUGCUAGAAACAACAGAGGGUCUUAUGGUUAUACUGAUGCUGUUGAGGAUGAAGAUUUCAUGAUUGACCCAGCAGAAGAGUAUCAGUGUUACAGGUCCCCUUCUGAGGUCCUUAAUUGGAUUGAAGAUGAAAAUACUUUUAAGCAUCAUGAAAUUCAUACAACCUCUUUGCAUGCUAAGGUGCAAUUGGGUGGUAUAGAAUUUCAGCAGCAUCAACUAAAUAUGCCGAGAAGUAGUGAGAAUUGUUUAAAUGGUAGAUCUAAAAUCAUGGACAGGGGUAAAUGUUGGCAAGCCGUGCCCAGAUAUAGGAAAUCAUUACAUCUUGUUAGUGAGGAAGGAAAGUCUCUCUCAAGUUCCAGAGUCUCACACAAGGAUAUGCUUGAAUCAGUGAACCAGGGAAUGGCUAAGAAGCGGAGAGCUUUGGUGGGUUCUGAAGAAUUUCGUCACAGGACCAUCAAACUGAGCACCUCAAAAUGUGAGAGCAACCACAGAAACAAGAAAUCACUUCAGAACAUUCCGGACAAAGGGCACAAGGACUGCUCGGACAUUGAGGAGGGUCAGAUUGUAAUGGAAGAACCAUGCUUAGAGGCUUCUACAUCCAGAAGAGAUGUUUCUGAAGUUGCAGCACUCACUGAAACUGCGAGGAAGGGACGGUCAAAAAAUGAAAAUAAUGCUGUCCAUCUAAUAGGUGGUUAUGACAGCCAAAGGAUUCUUGAUACAUUGGCGAAGAUGGAGAAGCGCAGGGAGCGGUUUAAGCAGCCAAUCUCUACCAAAGCAGAAGAGAGUUCAGUUAUCAACAAUGACUCGGCAGUCGAUACAGGUGAAAUGAAGCAACAUAGGCCGGCUCGAAAGAGGAGCUGGCUUGGCAGUUAAUUCUUACAUUUUUUCUGAGGCUUUUUGAGUCUUUCCUUCAAGAUUUGAUGAAGGUGAGAGACAGCUACUAUGAGGGAACUUUGAUAAUUCACAGAAGCUCAGGUCUAGAUUUUUUUAUUCCUUGACAAAAUUGAGAUUGCAAACGUUAUUGUCUUGCUUUGGAAUAAGGCCUGAUUGGCCUAUAGUCUUGUUUAUUUGUUUUUUGAGCACUGUAUUGUGAUUGUGAAGAUUAAGAUUGUAAAUAACCAACCCUGACAUUUAUAAUGUAAUCAAAUUCCAGUUUUGGACGUUCCAGAUUUUGUGAUAGUA